UGAAAUCCAUUUUGAGUAAAAUGACAAAGACAUCUGAGUAAAAGUCCUAAAAGAAGGAAAGAUCCAAAUAACCUACUCUUAUAAUAAUUAGAAUUCCAUAUUUGGAGAAUUGCUAGAUAUAGUAUCUAAUCUGUCACCUUUCCAUAAUAUACCCUAAUUUUGGUCACACUUUCCUUCAUUAUUUGUCCCACAGAAUCCCAUUCCAUUUAAGAAACGUAGUUAUAUAUAAACAUUACUACUUUCUUCUCAUAAAAUACUUUUGCAAUCUCCUGCAAUUUUUUCUGUCUUCUUUGCUCGUGUUGUCAAUCAGCACUGCUUUGAAAAACAAAGAAAAGAAAGAAAGAAAUAAAGAAAUUUGGGUUUUGUUUUUUUUUUUUUUUUCUGAGAAAGAAAAGAAGGGAAGAUGGGUAGAGGGAAGAUUGAGAUAAAAAAGAUUGAGAACUUGAAUAGCAGGCAAGUAACGUUCUCAAAGCGGCGUAAUGGGUUGUUGAAGAAGGCUAGAGAGCUGUCCGUUUUAUGUGAUGCAGAGGUUGGCGUCAUUAUUUUCUCUAACACCGGCAAGGUUUAUCAAUGGUCUAGCACCAGCAUGGAACACACUCUUUUAAGGUACAGCAGAGGCCUGGCAGUGGGUCAGUCUCAGGAACAUCCUUCUGAUGAACAAAAAGCGGAGAACUCGCAACCAAUUGAUGUCAACACCCUGAAAGAGGAGUACAUAAGGCUACGUGCGGCAUACGUGCGGCUUAAUGGUAAGGAGCUGGAUGGUCUGAGUUUCAAAGAACUGAAACAGCUGGAGCAUCAACUAAAUGAAGGGUUAUUAUCAGUUGAGGAACAAAAGGAGCAAAUUCUAUUGGAGCAGCUCAAAAGAUCCAAACUACAGGAGCAGAAGGCUAUACAAGAGAAUGAGACUUUACGCAAACAGGUUGAGGAACUGCAACAAAAAACAAGCCCAAAUUUACUUGAAUUCAAUCCUCUGCAAAUAAGAUUCUCCCCCACGAGUCCAAAGGCUGAUCGUGAUUGUGCAUCAGACGAGGAUGAUGAUGAUAACGAUGACAAUGAUCAUUCAGACACCUCCUUGCACUUAGGGGGGAAUGCAACAACUGGGAGCCUGAUACUAGAACCCAAAAGUAGCGGGAAAUCCACCUCCAAAGGGAGGUUGUUAAACCAUAUCUAGGUUGUCAUCAGAUGUUGGCCGCAAGAGGAAAGUGGCAAAGAUUGAACCUGUCAGCACUGAUUCAGGGAGCCAAUUGGCCUCAGAGUGACAUUGACAAUAUGGCAUUUAUCCCUUUCCAAUGUAAAAAACCUUCUAGUUUCAAUUUCUUCAAACAGUAAAUCAUCUCUUUAGGCUAUAUUAUAUAUUGAUCGGUGCUGUGAUAUCAUGGUUACCAAAGCUUUAGAUCACUCAGCACAUUCUAUAUGCAAAUUGCGAACUAGACACAGGCCUAUCUCAUGUUGGUCGCACAACGUGCAGAUUGUUUAGUGCUCUAUACACUAGUAGUGUCUGCAAACAAAAUGAAAAAAAAAAAAAAAGACUUUAUUGUAAUUAGUCUAAUUGUUCAAAUUUCAACUUGCUGAUGUAAAAUACAAUUGGCCAAUACAAGCAACUUCUGUGUGGUGUUGUAGAUUGGGGGUAGGGGGUCAGCUAUUCGCUCUUUCAAUGAUUUUGCAGUUGAAGAAGGCCAU